UUUACGUUUAUCCACCAAGAUGGAGGACGAGGUGGAUGUUGACAUCGAAGGAGACGAGUUUGAUAGCAGUAUAAGUGAACUGGGUGGAGGAGGUUUAGUCCAGGAGAAGUUCAUACAGUCUGCGUGGAAGAGCAGCGCAGGGAUACUGCCAUGGGAGCUGGACAACUCCAUCAGCGCAGAGAACAGGGAGGUGAUAGAGAGGAUGCUGCUGGAGGAACAAUACUACCUGACAGGUGAGGGGACUCCUAACCAGAUUUGGGAAGGUGAUGUUAACCACAAUGCCGAAGUGAAGAAGUCUCCAGCUAAGACAUCGUCCUCAGGCUCCUCUUCUCGUUGGUCCAAAGAGGAGAAAGACCUGUUUGAGGAAGGACUGACUCAGUUUGGUAGGAGGUGGACUAAGAUUUCCAAGUUGGUUGGAAGUCGUUCCAUUCUUCAGGUCAAGAGUUAUGCCAGACAGUAUUUCAAACACAAGGUGAGAUUUCGCUUUCUGCUACCUCCGCAACACUCAGCACACUCAGCAGCACACUCAGCAGCAGACUCACACAUUUCAGUUACCGUAAUUUUCGGACUAUAA